AUGUGUUCAGAUGAAAGACUUUCAUCUGGCAUUUUUAAAAAUCCGAUAACAACACUGAUUAUUACAGCUGGUCCAAAUCAAAAUGAUCUAACGAUAAUGAAAAGCAUAUGUCAUCAUAUCUUUAUUGUGUUUAUCAAAUUAACUCAUUUUAUAUUUUAUGAAUCAUCAUAUCAAAAUAUCGUUCGAUUAUUAUUUGAUUUUCCAUCUCCCAGUUUUUAUUCUUCAACUCUUGAGCAAUAUCGGGGCCAAUGCCAUGUUUAUUCAUAUCCAUUUCUAAUGCAAUAUUAUGACGACAUAACAAAUAAUAUUCCAGGUGGAUUAUACCGAUGUGUUCGUGUAGUAUCAUUAUAUGAUGAACAUCCUUUUGAAAAUGAAUUUUUUAUUCGAAUUGCUCAAUCAUUUCCAUUUAUGGAAGAAUUAUCCUUGAUUAAUCGUCACUCACAAAAUCACAAAACAAUCUGA